GCUCCGUCACGCAUAAUUUCUCUUCCUGCUCAACGAGUCUAGUAGAAAACGGUGCCGCACACUAAACCGUCUAUAACAUACCUCCCGUAUUGUUUCUUGCGAUCCAGAGCUGUGUUCGCGACCUAGUUUCGGACCCCGUGUGUCACUACGGAUCAGAGACAAGUCUUUGUUCGAAGGAUUAUUGGUUCUUUGGUCUGGGAGAUAUUUUUUUUUUUGUCAGUGAAGGAUCGACCCCGUGAAACAUGGCCGCCGUUGCGCCUGACCCCAAAAUGGCCGGAAUGGAGAUGCAGCAGCAAGGGUACCCACCGCCGGGUGAGGCGCAGUACCAGCCGCCGCCGCCAGGGUACGCUGCGCCGCCGGGUUACGCCCAGCAGCCCGUGCAGCCCGGGUACCCCCAGCCUCUGCAGCCGGGGCAGCAGCAAACCGUCGUGGUGGCGGGGAUGCAGCCGACGAUGGUGAUCGUGGACUCCAAGCCAGCGGACCACUUCGGGUUCGCGCUCUUCACCUGUAUGUGCUGUUUCUGGCCGACAGGAAUCGUCGCCCUCAUCUUUUCCUGUCAGGUGGACUCCAAGUGGAACUCCGGUGACCGGGAAGGUGCGAAGUCUUCCUCCAGCAACGCAAACCUGUUCUCCAAGAUCAGCCUGGGCAUCGGCAUCGCCACCCUCAUCAUCGUCCUCAUCAUCAUACCCGUCUACUUCGUCGUCAUCCUCCCCGCGCAAAUCAUCGGCAGUGUCGUGGGGUAAACUAGGGACACCCAAAGCUAGCCUGGAGUCCAGCCUUGUUAGUUUUAGUCCGCUCCCCAAGAUCGCUACCCCACCAACGCCUAAUCUCCAAGCAGAUCCCUU